AUGGAAGAAGAAUGGCGCGGUUCGCAAGCCGCUUCACGUUGUCCAUUCUUGAAUCCAAAUGCUGACCUAAAUACCAUUAUUUCUCAUAAUGCAUUAUUUUGUGAUCGUUGUCGUGAUGAACAAAUGUUAGAGAAAACGAAAGGUGAGGAAAUUCUGUUCAUCAACAGUCCACCAUAUUGGAUGUUGCUAUCGAAAAAUGAAGAGCCUCAUGAUAAAGAAGGGAAUCAGUUUCAAAAGACUCAUGAAUCGGAUAAUAAUGAAUCGGUCUCAUCAAGAGAUUUGAUUCAAAGAAGGCAGAGAAUUACCACUGUUUGUGAUUCACGCAUGAAGGAUGAAAGGUUAGAAAGCACCGAGUUGAGAAAGCGGAGAAAAGAAGAUGAAACAUUGGAUGUUCCGGGAAAAAGCCAUAAAAUUGGCAAAUCGGAAAAACGGGAGAUGAAAGUACCAACUAAUAUUGCACUUCAUAAAUUGGCCAAGCAAGGUUAUUCGAAGGAGGAAGCGCUGCAAAAGUAUAUUGAAAAGCAACGCGAAAAGGCUCAUAGCAAAUCAGAGGACGACAAAGUUCAAAUUGACCGAGAAGAUAUGCCAUGGGCACCACCAUUUCCAAAAAUACUGAGAAAAUAUCGUUCGCUCAUCCAAAGAUCGAUUGAUCAUCAGCGUUAUGUGGCUAUUGUAGCGAAUUUUUUGAAUGCUAAUCAUUCGCAGCCACGCUUUCAACAAAAUCGACAGGAAGUGCGAAUUAUGGAUGAAAAGUUGAAGGAUGAACGUAUGAAAUACCAAGAAUUGAUCUUACAUAGCCUCCACUCUAGAAAAAAAUCAGUAUAUACUUGCUCCAAUCAACGAGCUAUCUCCUAUAUUUUGGAUCGAUUAAGAACUCGUGCGUUAUCACUACAUUGUCAAUAUGGUGCACCAAUCUAUGAUGAAGAGAUGAAAGAUUUAACAGUUGAUGCAUUAACGAUUUUAACAAAAAAAGCCGUACUUUAUCGUGGUAAAGUACCGAAAAUCACUUUACCAAACGAAAGACGUCGUUUUAUGUUUAAUCGUUUGGUGGAGGAUAUAUCGGCGCAAUAUCCACCAACGGAAAAAACAAAAUAUCCGCUUGAAUCAGAUGAAUAUGCGAUGCAUUUAGCCGUCAAAUAUGGGGUACGCGUAAUAAUGUGCUCAAGUAGUGCUUUGAAAAUAUUAUGUAAUCCGUGGGUCGGUGAUUCCUCCACGUACUUGAUACCGGUUGUGGUGAAACGAAGCUUUAGUGAAAGAACAAAUCGUUUUGAAAAUGUAUGUCUUGUCAGCAAGCCGUGCAUUGAAACGUCAAUCAACGGACCUUCAUUAUGGCGACGAUAUUUAAAGUUUUCUGUGAAAUUAGCACUUCAUAGUGAUUUGAAGAAGGAAGUGGAUGAGAAAAUAUCAGUAAAAACGGGUGGACGACAGAGAGCUAACCGUGCAAAACUGGAACAGGCUAAUCAAAUGAAACAGGAAGCAGAUAAUGAAAGCAAUAUGUUAAUUGUUGAUAAAAUUGCUAAUAUCGAGCAGACAUCUGCAAAUCUACCGUCAAAUGCAAUGAGCAAGAAUAAUCAAAAUAUAAAAACCACUGCUAUGCCAUCAUCAUCAUUUGCUACUGCACC